UGGCGGUCCUCGAAGAACGUGGAGAAAAGCAGAAACGCGGAAAACCUCUCCGAAUGUAUUUGUAUUGAAUUUUACACUGUAGCGGAAUUACUUUUAACAUAUUACACUUUGGGGGCCUUCGAGAAAUUAUUCUCACUUUUUCAAUUUUUUCAAUUAAUAUCCUCCGUUUCUCCUGUUCUUUCUUCUAACACGGCCGCCGGAGAAGAUGGCUAUGGCUGCUAUUUUGUUGCUUAUCUCAGUGUUGUUUUCAAAUUCAAAAGCUGAUCAAGAUUUUGAUGUGCGCCAACACCUAUCUACUGUAACAAGAUAUAGUGCAGUGAAAGAUAUUGUCGACAAUUCCUUUGUACCUUCUGAUAUUCCUGAUGGAUGUGCUCCUAUCCACUUGAAUCUCGUGGCAAGACAUGGAACUCGUUCUCCUACUAAGAAGCGGAUGAGAGAGUUGGAAAAGUUGGCUGCUCAUGUACAAGAACUUCUAAAAGAUGCCAAAGAAAAGAAUUUGUCCCUGCAGAAAGUUCCUGCCUGGUUGCAGAAAUGGGAAUCUCCUUGGAAAGGAAAAUUGAUGGGUGGAGAAUUGGAUAUCAAAGGAGAAGAGGAAGUGUAUCAGCUUGGAAUCAGGGUUAGGGAAAGAUUUCCUGAUAUAUUUAAUGUGGAAUACCACCCCGAUGUGUAUCCCAUAAAGACAACACAGGUUCCUCGGGCUUCUGCUAGUGCUGUUGCAUUUGGCAUGGGGCUAUUUAGUGGCAAAGGAAGUCUAGGACCAGGGCGUCAUCGAGCUUUUGCUGUUACAAGUGAAAGUCGCGCAAGUGACCUAGUUUUGAGGUUUUUUGAUUGUUGUCAAACCUACAAGGACUUUAGGAAAAACCAUGGGCCUGCUGUUGACAAGCUGAAAGAACCAAUCCUCGACGAAAUUACCUCUGCAUUAGCAAGGCGAUAUGAGUUCAAUUUCACACGACAGGAUAUAUCUUCUCUCUGGUUUCUGUGUAAACAGGAAACAUCCUUGUUGGAUAUAACCGAUCAAGCUUGCAGUCUUUUCAGUCCCACUGAGGUUGCUUUGCUGGAGUGGACGGAUGAUUUGGAGGUGUUUAUAUUGAAGGGCUACGGUAAAUCCUUAAAUUAUCGAAUGGGAGUGCCUUUACUUAAAGAUGUUGUUCAAUCCAUGGAGGAAGCUAUCAAGGCUAAAGAAGAUAACCAAGCUCCUGGCACUUAUGAGAAGGCAAGACUGCGGUUUGCACAUGCAGAAACUGUGGUUCCUUUUUCAUGCUUGCUUGGGCUUUUCCUUGAAGGAUCUGAUUUCCAACGAAUACAAAAGGAGGAGCCUUUGGGUCUCCCUCCAAAGCCUCCCCAGAAUAGAAAUUGGAGAGGCAGCACUGUGGCACCUUUUGCUGGGAAUAAUAUGCUGGCUUUAUACAGUUGUCCUGCAAAUUUUUCAAGCAAGUACUUUGUGCAAGUCCUACACAAUGAGCAUCCCACCCCAAUGCCAGGUUGUGAUGGUACUGAUUUCUGUCCAUUUGAAGUUUUCAAGGAGAGAAUUGUGCGGCCUCAUUUAAAGCAUGAUUACAAUACCCUUUGCAAUGUGAAUCUUGAUCAGCCUAAGCCGAAGCCUGAAACCACCACGGGCACCACUACAUUCUAGCAGAGUUUCAUUCUGGAUUGACUCCAAUGCUAACACAAAACAAAAUUUUUCUACAACAAGAAUUCUUGGUACGAUAGGUUUUUCUGAUUGAAGGGUUCAUGUCGGAGUCAGAUUCUCAACAUUAUACUAUCUUUUUCUUCUUCUUCUUCGUUUUACUAUUUUUUUUGGAAAAAACAAAUAUUAGAGACUAGCAAAUGGGAAUCUACUGUUUGCAACAAAGGAAACUACAUCAAACAGGCUGAUCAAACUGUUAAAAUAAUGGGAAUUACAUAGCUAUGUAGCAUGUUGCUAAUGACGUGUAUUAUAUAUAUUUCAUGCGUAUUUGAUAGUUAUAUGAGAGAUUAUUCAAGCGUAAAA